AUGACAUUUUAUGCAGUUGGCGAUGCUGCAACAGCGGCCGGGCUUACAACAAAGGAUGAUAUCAACGAGGUUAUGCAUGACUGGGAGAGCAGGUACUCGUCAUAUUCGAACUCAUCAAUAUUCAUAACAACAUUCAACGUCAAUGGUAGAGUACCAGCUUUAGAAAUGAUCCCAAAAUGGCUCACUUUCAACGGCGAUCCACCGGAUUUUUAUGCUGUUGGGUUGCAAGAAAUGGACCUCUCACCACAAGCAUUUCUAAUGAAUACUUCGGCGCGCCAUUUCGAAUGGCAAAUUGUAACCAAAAAAUCACUUCCUACAACUGCUCGUUACGCUUUGGUGAAAGAAGUACGUUUGGUGGGCAUAUUGUUAAUGAUCUAUCGUCGGAUUGAUUGUGGGAUUAAGGUAAAUGAGGCAGCGACCGAGGUCGAGGUUGUGCCAACGGGUUUCCCAUUGCUUGGUCGUAUGGGUAAUAAGGGUGGUGUUGCGAUAAGCUUGCAAUUGAACGAUAGCUGUAUAUGUUUUGUGAACUCACAUUUUGCGGCAGGUCAAGAAGAACUGGAAAAGCGGAAUCAAGAUUACAGGUCUGGAUUACGGAUGUUUGACCGAAUGCUUCAAACGUCCUAUGUGGAUUUUCAGUUAAAAGAACAGCAGAAACUCAAUCAGGUCUUUGUUGAUUUCAAAGAACCAGACGUACUGGAUUUUCGCCCUACAUAUAAAUAUGAUCCGGGAACAACGAGGUGGGAUAGCAGUGAGAAAUGUCGUGCGCCGGCUUGGUGCGAUCGAAUUUUGUGGUGGAAUCGUGAUGGCAUGAAUGUACGGCAACUGGCCUAUGAAAGUGUUGAGUCGGUGAUGUUUUCGGAUCAUAAACCGGUACGGGCAAUAUUUCAAGUAAAAAUUCGAACAAUUGAUCAGGCUAAACGGGAUGCGUGCUACGAGGAAGCAGUACGGGAAGCCGAUCGACGGGCCAAUGAAGCACUUCCACAAGUUGAAUUAUCACAAAACGAUAUUGAUUUUGGCGAAGUUUACUUCUUCCAAAGUGCCUCACGAAUGAUCACAAUAAAAAAUACUGGUAAAACGAGAAUUGCAUUUUCAUUUGGCGCACGACCAAAUCGUACUGCGGUUUGUGAGCCGUGGCUCUCUGUCACGCCACCAAAUUCAAGGCUUCAUCCUGGCGCUACGUGUGUUGUUAGUUUACAGAUUGAUUUUGGCGAAGUUUACUUCUUCCAAAGUGCCUCACGAAUGAUCACAAUAAAAAAUACUGGUAAAACGAGAAUUGCAUUUUCAUUUGGCGCACGACCAAACCGUACUGCGGUGUGUGAACCAUGGCUCUCAGUCACACCACCAAAUUCAAGGCUUCAUCCUGGCGCUACGUGUGUUGUUAGUUUACAGCGCUCGAAUCUGUUUCGUUUUCAGGUUUUGGUUGAUAAAACUGCGGCCUGGGCGAUCGGUGCUGAUGGGCAUUUAUCGGAGAUUCUUGUGCUACGGUUGCAUCACGGCAGGCAUUAUUUUGUGACCGUUUCGGCACGUUAUCAGCACAGUGUCUUCGGUUCAUCAUUCAUUGAACUGGUGCAAAAAGAAAAAGGAGAAACUUCUGCCACCGAACUCGUUGAUUUGACGUUUAGCCCGUCAUCCGCUUCGUCGGCCGUUAUGGUUGGUAUCCCAUGGGCUGUGUAUCGGUUGGGCGAAACGCUGAAACAGCAUGGAUUGGAAAAGAUUCGUUUCACUGAUCCAUCAGCGCAUUCGGUAUUUGUCGCACUGCGAAAUGCACUGGAUACUGGGACACCAGCGAAUCUAUUUGACGCUUGCAAAUCGCCGUUCAGUAUGUACGAUGCUUUGCUGAUGCUCAUCAGCGCCUUUAAAGCGCAAAUGCAGUUGCUGGCCGAUGUUGCAUUCAAACGGCAAGCUGCUGAGGAUGGCUAUUUGGAACGUUCGAAAUUCCUCGAAACACUCGUUUCAUACGGUCAGGAUAGUUACCAGAGCACACCACCACCACCACCACCGCACCAGGAUCGGGAUCUCAUUCUUUUGUAA